AUGUUUGGCCGAUUAACGCACAAAAUUUGGAUAUGUUGUGACACAGCGAGAAGAUUAAGUGCUGCGGCUGGAGUUAGCCGAAGCAGUACUUUUGUGGAUAUCGUUCAACAUCGACAUCGAGAACUACUCUCGACCCUGGAUGCCAAAAUCGAUGCUGCCUUUGAGGAAAAAGAACAACUAAACAAGAAAAUAGGACCUGCCACCUUGCAGAAAUUCGAAUCACUUUCCCAGCGAUGCCUCAAUACGGAGAAAGUCAUACUCGUUCCAAUUGGAUCUCUCGUUUAUGGGCUAGGAUAUCAGCAAUCCGAUUAUGAUUCAGUGCUGUUUGUAAAGAAUAAGAAGGAACGAGACGCUUUUAUGCAAAUCAUUCACUCAAAUCAAGAUCUUCGAGGGGCUUUAUUUGAAUCUUUGUCGGCCCUCAUUGGACGAAAUUCUCCCGAAAUCCUCAAUAAAGAAGUGUCGAGAGUUAUCCCGUUAACUUUCUUGAAGAUACCACUGCUAGUUAUUGAAUUCACCGAUGGAUCAUCAAUUGACAUUUCGAUUCCCGAUAACGAUUUUCAGGCCAUUCGUAAUUCGAAUCUCGUUCGAUAUUACUUAAAGGCGGAUAAACGAUUCGGCAAAAUGCUGCUUUACAUUCGACGCUUAUUUGAGGAGUGCGGGGUUAAAAAUAGUAAGGCGGGUCUUCUUAGCAACUAUCACAUAGUGAUGACGAUUGUGCACUUUUUGCAAAGUGAACAGUCACUUACACCGUGGCAAGUUCUUCCUGUUUUGUGUCAAACACACCCAUCAUUGGUCGGCCGUGAUCUACCGAUUGAGCAAAUUAUCAGACAACUCGCAAUCCCAAUCUCGAACUUGACUUUCGAUUAUCAGUCGAAUAACAAAAUGCACGUUUCUGAAUUGUUGAUCAGAUACUUUGACUACUACUCUCGUUUCAACUUUACGAAGGAGGCCAUUCAUAUAGAGCAAGGGCAAGCAAGACGAAUGUCAAGGAAAAGUAUCGGUGACGAGCAACGUUUGAUGAUCAUCGAUCCGUAUUCUCAUGGAACGAAGUCAUUCGUUUCACUUGCGGGAGAAUGCGAAAUGGCAACU